GGAAAUGUUGCAGUUAUAAACCUUCCCUGGCGUGACUUUUAUACAUGGCUAAAAGUAGUCGGUCGUCGAAUCGCCAGUCACAGCUAAAAUAACACUUUUUUUUUCUUAUUUAAUAAUUUGUAAAUUUGAAAAAGAAUGCUGGAACAUAGUAGAUGUAUAUGCCCGUAUGGGAAGUAGAAAUGAUGGCAAACUAACCCGGUUGAUAGGCAGAGGUGGUGUGAGGCCUGUCAGAUGAAGGUUGCCAUCAGCUGGCACGAUGCAGCAGAAACGGAACAUCCGGAUCAUAGAAUGGGAGGACCUGGACAAGAGAAAGUUCUACUCUCUCGGCAUGUUCAUGACCUUGACCACGCGUGCCACCGUCUACCCCUUCACGCUGAUCCGAACUCUACUGCAGGUACAGAAGGGCAAGUCGCUCUACAAUGGCACUUUCGAUGCCUUCUGUAAGAUCCUGAAGGCAGAAGGGGUGCGGGGACUGUACCGGGGCUUUAUGGUCAAUACCUUCACCCUGAUCUCAGGCCAGGCCUACAUCACCACCUACGAGCUGGUGAGGAAGUAUGUGUCCCAGUAUUCCUCCAGCAACACCCUCAAAUCUCUGGUGGCAGGUGGCUCAGCCUCGCUGGUGGCCCAGAGCAUCACAGUACCCAUUGACGUGGUCUCCCAGCAGCUCAUGAUGCAAGGGCAAGGGGAACAUCUCGCACGCUUUAAGAUCAAGCCCAAACUGGCUGUGGCCACAUCUAAGCAUAAAGUGACCUUUGGACAGACCAGAGACAUUAUGGUCCAGGUAUUCGCAGCAGAUGGCUUUCGGGGCUUUUACCGUGGCUAUGUGGCAUCACUCCUCACCUACAUCCCUAACAGUGCUGCCUGGUGGCCUUUUUAUCACUUUUAUGCAGAACAGCUGUCCUGGCUGGCCCCCUGCAGCUGUCCGCACCUCCUGCUGCAGGCUGUGGCUGGGCCAAUGGCUGCAGCAAGCGCCUCUGUCCUCACCAACCCCAUGGAUGUGGUGAGAGCUCGUGUGCAGGUCGAGGGUCGUUCAUCGGUGAUUGAGACGUUUAGACAGCUCCUGGCUGAGGAGGGCAUGUGGGGCCUGACAAAGGGUCUCUCGGCACGCAUCAUUUCCUCCGCUCCCACUUCCAUCCUCAUCGUCAUUGGCUAUGAGACGCUGAAGAGGCUCAGCCUUCGCCCGGAGCUGGUGAACACCAGACACUGGUGAAAGGCAGGCCCAUCGGAACUCUCCCAAACCCAGUCCAAAACAACUAUACCUCAGGCUCAGCUCUGCACGCUGACCCGCCCACUCUAAAAGCCAGAAAGGCCCAAAUACUUGUUUUUACUAAUAUUUUAUGGGAUUUUACAGUUGAGAUAAGAGGACCAGAAGAAAUCAGUCUAUGCUUAAUAAGAGGACCAGAAGAAAUCAGUCUAUGCUGUGCUCAUUGUUUUUUGAAGUAUGUUUUACUUUAUGUACACGUGUUUUUUGAUGAUUAAGACCUGGCCCUAACUGUGUCCAUGAUGGUCUUUAUGUAUUGCAUACAGACGCUUUACACCAGGCCUACACGGAACUGGUAUGUUCAGCUGCAGAAUGCAUAUGACUAAAAAUUAAAUUCAGGCCCUUUUAGACCUAGUAUGAAUACAAACUAUUCACAUAAAUGAGGUGGAUCACAACAAGUUCAAGAUGGUAUAUGUGGUCAUACCUGGCAUAAAAAUUGUGUAAAAUCAGAUGAAUAAGUAGUGUACUAGUUACACAUGGCCUCUUUCACUUGUUUUUAACCUAAUUUUAUUAAAUAAUUGCUUAUCCUGGUCAUUUACGUGUAUGGGCACAUUUUACAGCUCUUGACAACCAAGUGUGCAGGUAUUUCUUGUCCAAGAGGCCUUGUGUUGCACUAUAACUACUCUAGAGUGUUUGGGCGCCAAAGUAAAAUUUUGUAAUCGAACUAAUGUUUUGUAAUUGUAACAUAACUUUCUGUGCUAUACACUGUUGUAAACUGAUUCUUCGUUGGGAUAUGCACAAAGAUGUGUUUAUCUGAACCUGUUACACUGACACUCAUUAAAUGAAUGAGUUCAUUUCCACA